GAUAUAGGCAGAGGUGACGCUGUCACUGCGUGACCCCGGCAGAGAGGAGGUGGAUAUUCCGCGGAAAACAAGCCGAAUAUCUAGCAGUGGCAGAGGCGACAGUGAGCAACCGGACAGCAAUGGAGAGAUACGAGUGAAGGGUAAAAGGGGCGAAUCGUGCAGUUACAGACGCGUUUUGGUAUGAAAAGAGGCCAGCAUGCACGACGUCUCUGUUUGUAAUCUUUGCAAAUUGACGCAAGAGGGGAGGACGCAGCGCAGGAGCGGAAACAAAGGCGCUUUGGUUUGAGCAAAAUACAUCUGUAAAGAAGGGGGAUAAUUGGUCCCUCAGUAUGAGUCGAGAUGGUUGGAGAAAUAAAGCCAGUGAAGAUGAUGGAUGGGGAGGAAUCGGUGGUUACAUGGCUGCAAAAGUAGCAAAGCUUCAGGAGCAGUUUCAGAAGGACGCCCCCAUCGAGAGAAAGAAGGAUGGGAAGGCUUCCUGUAUCUUCAGCAAUGUGGCCAUCUACGUCAACGGUUACACAGAUCCCUGUGCCGAUGAGCUGCGCAGGCUGAUGAUGCUGCACGGUGGCCAGUUCCAUCUGUAUUACUCUCGCUCCAAAACCACUCACAUCAUCGCCACCAACCUGCCCAACAACAAAAUACAGGAGCUUAGAGGAGAGAAAGUAGUGCGACCAGAAUGGAUUACAGACAGUAUUAAGGCAGGCCGUCAGCUUUCUUACAUUCAGUAUCAGCUAUACACUAAGCAGAAAGGCUUGAACUUCACCAGCAUGUGUAAACGAGGAGGGCAGGAUUCAGUGUCCAGCCGUGACCCAGCCAAACCCAGUUUGAGCCUCAUCCAAUCAGACGGCGUCCAGCCAUCUAAAGACGUCCUCAAAUCCACUCACCUUAACCACGCAACAAACUCCACCGAGCAAAUCAAUCACCAGCUAGAUAUCAAACUAAAUGGCUCGUAUAGCAUCAUCUCUGAUGAAGAUGCAGGGAGCCAUAGAAUGAAUGGGACACACAAUGAAGACGAUGACAACUUUUGUGCCCCUUUGUCAAGAGGCUCGAGAGACCCGCUGUUAACCAAUGGUUACCUCCACCCUGUGAAUGGUGCCUUAAAGCCUCAGGACUUGACAGAACAUCUUCCUCAGGUUGUUGACGAAGAGUCCCAUCGCCCUAACAACCCACAGUCAGGACACAAUGAGAAAGAGCAGCUGUCUAACCUCUCUUGUACUGGCUCAAAAGCAGAUCUGCAUCAGAGGCCCUCAGUGUCCACACCGGCCCCUGUAGAGCAGCAUGUACCUUACAAUAUGCAAAAUGAACUUCAACCAAAACCAACAUGUAAUCCAGGGACUUCAGCAGAGACGAGUAAUCUGCAAAACCAGACCAGCAAAGUUCGACUAAAUGGAAGUUACCACACAACCUCUAACUCCGCCCAUGCAGACUGUAGUAAGCAGUCGGGAAGUAAACAGGCAUCUCACGGGGCAGAAGCUGGAAUAAUAUCAGAGUUUUUUUCUCAUUCGAGGCUGCAUCAUAUUUCUACGUGGCGGAACGAGUUCUCAGAGUAUGUGAACACCUUGCAGACCAGGCGGAGAGCAGCAGGUGGUGCUGUUUUCUAUGGAAAAGAGAAACUGAGGAAGCUCAAAGCGAAUUGCCAUUCAGGUUCCUCGAUGCCUGCUCCUCAAGUGCGUCAGUCUUGUAUCCUGCAUGUGGAUAUGGACUGCUUUUUUGUGUCAGUUGGGCUCAGGCACCGACCAGAUCUCAAAGGGAAACCAGUUGCCGUCACAAGUAACCGUGGUCCAGGCCGUGUUGCACAGCGUCCUGGUGCUGACCCUCAGCUUGAGUUUCAAUACUACCAGAAUAAACAGAAACAGUAUAGAAAUGAGAAAACAGAUGGUGAUUUUGAGAUGACCCCAUCGCCCCAGUCUGAGGAGACUAUCAGUAAUGGAGUGAAUCUGGACCAGACGGCACUGUCUAUGGCUGAAAUUGCUUCCUGCAGUUAUGAGGCCAGGCAGGCAGGUGUGCGUAACGGCAUGUUCUUUGGCCGGGCUAAGCAGCUUUGCCCUGAUCUAGAGUCUGUGCCGUAUGACUUCCAGGCAUAUAAAGAAGUUGCGUUGACCCUGUACGAGACCCUGGCCAGCUUUACUCAUAACAUCGAGGCAUUGAGUUGCGACGAGGCGCUGGUGGAUGCCACGGCUCUUCUGGCUGAGCUUGGGGUAACCCCUGAUGAACUUGCUGGGGCCAUCCGUGCAGACAUUAAGGAGAAAACUGGCUGCUCGGCCUCGGUUGGAAUGGGUUCAAACAUCCUCCUUGCUCGGAUGACGACUCGUAAAGCCAAGCCGAACGGACAGUACUUCCUCAGAUCAGAGGAGGUGGAUGAUUUUAUCAGAGAUCAACCCGUGUCUAGUUUGCCCGGUGUGGGUCGCUCAAUGAGCUCCAAGCUGGCAUCCCUGGGUGUGAGCACGUGUGGGGACCUGCAGCAGUUGUCCAUAUCUCGACUGCAGAAGGAGUUUGGACCACGGACAGGUCAGACCCUUUUCCGCUUUUGCAGGGGGCUGGAUGACAGACCUGUGCGCAGCGAGAAGGAGAGGAAGUCUGUGUCCGCGGAGAUGAACUACAACAUUCGGUUCACACAGGUUGAAGAGGCCGAGUCUUUUCUUACUAACCUGUCUAUGGAGGUGCAGAAGAGGUUGGAGGGGGCGGGGCUUAGAGGUCGACGUGUCACACUGAAGGUCAUGAUGCGGAAAGUUGGAGCUCCGGUAGAACCUGCCAAAUAUGGUGGUCAUGGUAUCUGUGACAACCUUGCAAGAUCUGUUUUACUAGCUCAUCCCACAGACAGUGGCCAGGUGAUUGCCACAGAGGCCAUUAAGAUAUUUCAUGCCAUGAAGUUAGAUGUGAAGGACAUGAGGGGCGUGGGGCUGCAGGUACAGCAGUUGGAGGGUUCGCACGCAGACCCAUCUGGACAUGGGUCCUCUCGUGGCCGUUCGAUUAGAGACAUGCUGCAGGCCAGACAACCUGUCCACAGACAGAAUAAAGAUUCUCUAGCACAAGACGGUCUGACAAACUCUUCACCAUCCAGACCUUUCUCGUCUAAUCAGGAGGGAGUUCUCCCUCCCCAAUCACCACAUUCUACCCUCCUAGAUCCAUUACCUGGGACGAGUAAAGGAGAACUUUCCAACCCACGCACACCCAACCAUGUCAGGACGUCCCUAAACCUUAGCAUUGAGGUCCCAUCGCCCUCUCAGGUGGACCAGUCCGUUUUAGAAGCGUUACCUGCAGAGUUAAGGAAACAGGUGGAGCAGUCCUGGAGCCACAGAGAGGAACGGCCCAGCACCUCAUUUCAUCUCUCAACGCCACCUCGAAUCACAUCCGCUCCAUCUCCAAUGCUUGGCACCCUUAUUCUGCAGAUUCCAAACCAGUCAGGACAACCAAGUACAACAGGCAUUGUACUGGAGCUACCUGACUUCUCCCAGGUAGACCCAGAUGUGUUUGCAGCACUUCCCAAAGAGCUACAGGAGGAGCUGUGCUCUGCUUAUAGGAACAAAGAAAAUGCUCUAGCUCAAAGUGCUGCUGUGGAACAGAAAAAACAAUUUCCUCAACUAAAGCAGCCUGCAGUAGGGAAAACCAAGCGGCGCUACAAGAGGAAAAAUGCGAGUCCUGCCAAAAACGGUCCCAGUCCAAUAAAAAAGUUGUUACAAACUGGAAACAGUCCUGCCAAAUCCAGCCCCUCGAAAAUUCUUCCUCUGCCAAUUAACAAUCAAGGCCUCAAAAGUGAAAGUGUACGGUGCACGUCCUCUCCGAGCACAGAUGCCCCAAAGACAUUGUCGAAAUUUAAUCCCCGCCCGGUCCCGACCCUAGCUGGAGCUUUUGAUUUUAGUGACAUCAGAACUUUGCUUCAUGAAUGGGUCACCACCAUCUCAGAACCAAUGGAGGAGGACAUACUCCAGGUGGUGAAGUACUGCACAGAUCUUGUGGAAGAUAAAGAUCUGGAGAAACUCUACCUUGUCAUCAAAUACAUGAAGAGACUUAUGCAGCAAUCCUCGGAGUCAGUGUGGAGCAUGGCCUUUGAUUUCAUCCUUGACAAUGUGCAGGUGGUGGUACAGCAAACCUAUGGUAGUACUUUGAAGAUCACAUAGGAGGACCGUUCCAACCUCAACCACUGUGACAUCAGCCCAGUCCUGCCACCUUGAUUUGACAUAUGAAAGAGAGACCAAAACUUAAUCUGUUAAUCACUGUAGCAUCGCACUUGUCCUGUAAAAGCCUCUCAGAAAACACUGAAUGAUCAAACCAAUGAUGAGUCUGUUUGAAUAGAAGAGAUGAGCAUAAAGGCUUUAUUCGACAGACAUGAUGUCAACAUUUGAGUCUUAUGUCUAGGGGGACGCUUUUGAAUGUUUUGAAUGCACUGACUUUCUUAUACCAAGAUUUUGAAAGAGAUUAGUCCAAGCAAGCAAAUUUGCUCUUCUGUUAUUUUGAUUUUUCUUUAUCUUUUCAACAUUUCUUCCAGUUUUAUCUUAAAUGUUUGGCCUCAGAUAUAUUUAACAGACUUUGUAGCAAAGCGGAUUGGAUUGGCGUGUUAUUUGCCCUUUACAGAUCACUCAAAAAGGUUGAGAAUACAAUAAGGGAAAGCAUUAUCUUCUGACAGAUUUUAGCAUGUGGAUACUAACAAGUUAAAAGCUAACAUUUAUGUUUCUCUAGGUUUUAAAAAUAUGUAUUACCCCUUCUCAUUGUUUUUCUUUGUAUGUUUGUUAGUAUGUGUAAGAGAGCAGAAAGAAAGAUUCAUAUUUAUGAAGAAAACGAUCAAAACAUUGAACAGGUUGGAGUUACUAAAUUGGGUUUCAGCUUCUAUUAUGCCUUUUUUUACAUUUUUAAUGUUUGAUAAGGUGCCACUAUAGAAGAAAUGAAAAUAAUUGUGAAGACAGACCAAGGUGGAUACUUAAGUAAUAAAUUGUUGUCAUAUAUGUUGGAAGACAAUGUACUUUACUAUCAUUUUAUACUGUCUAUAAAUGGUUGAUAAUGAGUCAAACAUGUUAUAAUCUAACAUUCUAUGACACUACAAAAAGGAAAGGCCUGGAAAUCCAUUGAUGAUCAAAACUGUAGAAAAUUAUUACCUGUGCCUGAAGACCUGAAGCUGUGACAUCAUUUGUAUGUUUUCUAAAUUUGCUAAUAAAUUUGGAUAAGCGAUUA